AUUGUUGUUCGUAGCGACGCGUCGAUCACAGAAUAAUUUUCCGUCCAAUUUAGCCAUUGCAAAAGCUGCUGCACAUACAUAAUAGUGUGUAUUCUCUAUAAAGAAACAAUUUUUAGACGAGGAGGAUAUGAUUCACGGCCGUUGGUCAAGGCGUCUUACUUCCCUCCCUCCAUUUUCUUCAAUUUUCAACUUUUUUCAUUCUCUUUCUUCAGCCAAUCAAUCUCACAACACCCAAAAUCAUCAUCAGCUUGACUUGUUGGACCACCUACUUCAACAAUGCAGCCUUCAUAAUCUUAAACAACUGAAGCAAAUCCAUGCAAAGUUCAUAAUUACUGGUUCAUCAAACUCUUCUUUUAUAGCUGCCAGACUCAUAUCUAUUUACGCUAAAUUUGGGCUUCUCAAUGAAGCCCAAAAAGUAUUUGAAACCUGCCCAAGUGAGUGCUUCUCGAAUUUACUUUUGUGGAAUUCGAUCUUGAGGGCUAACGUCUCCCAUGGAAAAUGUGAAGAGGCUGUAAAGCUUUAUAUUAAAAUGCGUGAAUUUGGAAGUUUGGCUGAUGGGUUUGGUUUUCCUCUAAUUAUAAGAGCAUGCGGUAUGUUGGGUGACUAUAAUCUGUGUAGCAUAGUGCAUUGUCAUGUUGUACAAAUGGGUUUUCGAGAUCAUCUUCAUGUUGGAAAUGAAUUGAUGAAUAUGUACGGCAAGAUUGGACGAGUGGAUAUUGCACAUAAAGUGUUUGAUAGAAUGACCGUGAGAACUCAAAUAUCAUGGAACAUUAUUGUUUCGGGUUUUGCGCAGAACUUUGACUGUGAUGCUGCAUACGAGACGUUUUUACAGAUGGAACUUGAGGGGUUUGAACCAAAUUCUGUGACUUGGACGUCCUUAUUAUCUAGUUUUGCUAGGUGUAGACGUAACCAAGAUACGUGGAAACUUUAUGUUUUGAUGAGAAAGAAAGAAGUUGAAGCCACUGCUGAGGCACUUGCUGUUGUAUUAUCAGUUUGUGUUGGUGACGAUGCGAUUCGUAAGUGUGAGACAGUGCACGGAUAUGUUAUUAAGGGGGGCUUUGAGAAUAAUUCUAUUGUGAUAAACUCAUUAUUGUGCACGUAUGGGAAAAGUGGUGCUGUGAAACAGGCUGAAUGUCUGUUCUCUGGAUUGCAAUUAAAGACUAUAGUGACCUGGAAUUCUUUAGUAUCUUGUUACGCAGAAUCAGGGUUAUGUAACGAGGCCUAUUCUUUAUUUUUGCAGUUACAAGAGUUAGAUGAUCCAAUGAUGAAACCUAACGUCAUAAGUUGGAGUGCUGUUAUAGGGGCUUUUGCUAUGGCUGAGAGGCACGAGGAGUCUUUAGAAAUCUUUCGACGUAUGCAAGUUGCUAGAGUUGUGGCCAAUGAUGUUACAAUUUCGAGUGUUUUAUCAGUUUGUGCAGAGCUUUCAAACUUCCGUCUUGGUAUGGAAGUCCAUGGUUAUUCAGUACGGUUUCUAAUGGACAAAAAUACUUUGGUGGGGAAUGGGUUGGUUAAUAUGUACAUGAAGUGUGGUAGUCUGCAGAAAGGAAACAUAAUAUUUGAGGGCAUAGGAAAAAAAGAUUUAAUUUCAUGGAACACAAUAAUUUCUGGAUUUGGAAUGCAUGGACUUGGUGUUAAUGCCCUAGAAACUUUUGAACAGAUGAUUAACGCUGGAACUAAGCCAGAUGAAGUUACUUUUGUUGCAGUUCUUUCUGCAUGUGGUCAUGCAGGCCUUGUUGACGAGGGGAAUAAAGUUUUCGAUCAGAUGAAGAAAGUGUUUGGAAUUGAACCACAAAUGGAGCAUUAUGCUUGUAUGGUAGAUCUUCUUGGCCGUGCUGGGCUAUUGCAGAGGGCUAGUGAAAUGGUGCAAAACAUGCCAAUGAGGCCCAAUGCCUGUGUCUGGGGAGCACUGCUUAACUCUUGUAAAAUGCAUAAAAACACGGAAGUCGCAGAAGAAACCGCUGCUCAGAUUUUUAACCUUGAGUCUGAGAUGACGGGGAGCUACAUGUUGCUCUGUAAUUUAUAUGCUGGAAAUGGAAGGUGGAAGGAUUCAGCAAAUGUGAGGAUAUCAGCAAAGACACAGGGUUUGAAAAAAACUCCAGGACAAAGUUGGAUUGAGGUGAAAAAGAAGGUUUAUAUGUUCUUAGCAGGGCAACCUAUGGACUCGGGGAUGGAAGAUGUUCAUAUAAUGCUUAAUAUUCUAAGCCUUCAUAUGGCUAAGGAAGGAAUCAUGCCCCAAAAAAGCUCUGCUUUACAAUUUGCAGAAGAACAAGAAGACUAUCUGUAUUUGGCAUCAUGAAGAAUUCAGUGUCUUAUGCUCAAUGCUGGAAAACUAUGAUUUGAUCUCUAAACCUGCUCAAAGCCACCUCCUCUUCCAGUUUUUGUAUCUAUAUAUUUCAUGGGCCAACGAGUUUGCUGUGCAGUCACUUCAUUGCUCACGUAUGUACGAUUUCACUUCCCAGAAAAGAGGCUUGAAUUGCCAUGUCGCAAGGAGCUGAUGAGCUUGCAGAAACUGGAAAACUAUAAAAGGAGCAAUGGCAGAAGUUUGGCAGAGAGUCAUUUAUGGUUGCUUAAAACCAUAUGGAUUCCAACUGCAUGAAUUUACGAUGAGUGAAGACCCCUGCAGACCAAUUGGUAGCUAGUUUUGCAUACCGAUUGA